UCCUUCUUCCUCUUCUUCGUAGCAUUCGUCGACGGCCAAUGCCUCGACCAUCAAAAAAACUUGUUACUCGACCUCAAGACCGAGCUAGUAUUCAACUCUUCUCUAUCCCAAAAGCUAGUGACAUCGAAUCAAACAUACGAUUGCUGCGAAUGGGGCAGCGUGGAAUGCGGCAACAACGGCCGCGUCGUCAGUCUCCUCCUGGACUACGAGAGCAUCUCCGCCCGAAUAGGCUCGACACCAUUGACCUUCGAGAUAAUCAUCUAACCAGAUCUCUCUCUCGCUUGGACUUCGGGAGCCUCACGAACCUCUCUUACUUAGCUUUAGAGCAAAACUCAAUAAAUGGCAGCAUUCCUCGUAGUCUCUUCCUCCUGCCUUCGCUAAGCCUACUCAUGCUAGCCAACAACCGAUUCAGCGGAGAAAUCGAAGAAUUUCCUAUUGUAAACGAUCUUGAAUUGCUAGAUUUGAGUAAUAACAUGAUCAAAGGACCUCUUCCUAGCUCAUUCUUCCACUUUCCAAACAUUUUUUCCAUCCAACUUUCCAACAAUUUGUCAAUGGCACUUUUCAUCUGCGAAAGAUCUUAAGUCUUUCGAAGCUCGUAGAGUUGUCUCUUUCACACAACAAAUUGCCAGUCUACACGACCAAUUUCGCCUCAAAUUUCGAUGGAAUCCACAGCGUUGGUGUAUUGCAUCUAGCAUCCUGUAAUCUCCACGAGUUUCCGUAUCUUAGAAACGUGAGGCAUUUGGACCUCUCGAGCAAUCGCAUUGGUAGGGAAAUUCCUGGUUGGAUUUGGGAAACUGAAAAGGACUAUUUGAAUCUGUCUUUUAAUCUUCUUACAGGUUUGGAAAAGCAUCACUAUUUGCAUUCUUCUCAUCUGUUUAGUUACUCUGCUCUCUUGCUUGCCAACAAUAGACUAUCUGGAGCGAUUCUAACCUCCUUCUGCAGUGCGUCUUCGUUCAGUGUUCUCGACUUGUCUUUCAAUAACUGGAGCGGUAGCAUACCUCCGUGCCUAUUCCAAAAUAGUACAGUGCUCAAUCUAAGAGGAAUCAAAUCAGUUGUGUUAUCCCGGAUCAAUUUUAUAGUGAGUGUGGCCUAGAAACAUUUGAUGUUAGUAACAACAACUUAACUGGGAAGCUUCCUAAGUCUUUGGGAAAUUGUAAGAGCUUAGCAUUGCUGAAUGUUAGAAACGACGACUUUGAGGGUAGUUUUCCUUGCAUGCUACCGUUGAGCUUGCGCAUACUUGUUUUGCGCUCCAACAGAUUCCAUGGAGACUUGAGAUGUAGCAAGAGUUGGCCGAAUCUUCAAAUUCUAGAUAUAUCUUUGAAUAAUUUCAGCGGGAAUGUGGAACCGCUAAACUUCUCGAGCUGGAGUGGUAUGAUGCUAGAAUGGCGAAGGCCUAACCGAUCAAGCUCUGAUUAUCUACGCCCCGACUAUUUGUACCAGGACCAGGUGGUGUUAAUAGUAAAAGGAAAUGAUCCGGAGCUUGGCCUGACUUUACAUCCAUUGAUUUGUCUUCGAAUCGUUUUGAAGGGGGAAUACCGGAUGCAAUUGGUAAUCUUAGCUCACUUUACCUUCUCAACUUAUCCAGGAAUGUUUUCACUGGCGGCAUCCCAGAAUCAUUGGGUGGGUUGACAGAGCUUGGGUCGCUCGAUCUCUCUUCAAACAAGCUCACCGGGAGAAUACCACACGAGCUCACAGAACUCGGUUUCCUUUCAAUUUUGAAUGUAUCUUACAAUGAUCUGACAGGGAUGAUCCCAAUUGGCCGGCAGUUCCAAACGCUCUCUGCGGAUUUGUUUGAAGGAAACGCGGGGUUAUGUGGUUUCCCACUUGACAGAAGUUGCAGCAGGCCUCCUCGUGGACCAUCGGAGCCAGAAGAUGAUUCAAUGCCAUCGGAAUCGAAAGUUGGGGAGAUUGAGUAGGAAUAUGUGUUUGCUGCGUCUGGUUAUGUUGUGGGAAUAGGAAGCGUCACGUGGACACUGUUAUGUUGCAAAAGCUUGAGAGAAAGAUACUUUGAAAAGAUAGAAGAGGUUGUUGACAAGAUAUUCUAUGAGAGAGGAAGGAUAAGAAGACAUGAAAGAAGAGUAAGAUUAAGAGAAGAGAGGAAAGCAGUUAGAAGGCAUCAUCAGUGAGGUUGAGCAAUGUGGUUUGUGUUUAAUUAGCAUAUGAAAUGUGAUGUAAAACUUUUUUUUUUUUUUUUUGUGAUUGUGUUUUUGUAAUAUAUCUUAUUUUACAAAUAUAUCAAACAGUUUGAUUGUGUACUAGAUCUGCCUUUUUGGAAUGCACAAUAUAAGAAUUAUAAGUA